UCACGGGAACCCCCUCUUUGAUAAAAAUAGAUACCUCUUUCAAUGGUAGCGCGACUGUCAAUGUGUCGAUAUAUUUUUCGAGUACCACGAACAGCUGUAACAGAAAUAUUUACAUAACCCAUAGGCUUGUUUACCCGUUGAGGAUACAUUUUAAUUCAUCACACAUUUGUAUGAAUGCCGCGAUUAGUCGCGACGCAUGAGGAAAUCAAAAUGGCGGACGAUGUCAGCGAUUUACCGGACGCUCUCAUAGCAACAAAUGUUGAAGAAAGAGUAUUUGAUGAUCCGCUAGAGAAGGAACAGUUUGAGAACCUGUUUUGUGAAUUUGACCCAAGUGUGACUUUUCAAUACCUCAAGAGCUUCCGUAGAGUUCGCAUUAAUUUUAUCAGUCCAGAGCUGGCAGCAAAAGCACGAAUACACCUGCAUCAAGCUGAAUUUCUUGGAACUGUCAUCAAGUGUUACUUUGCUCAGGCCAAAACGACUUGUGAGGAUUCCCCACACCUGAAGCCCCCACCCAUGGAGAAGCAGUUCCUCAUCUCACCUCCUGCAUCCCCCCCUGUCGGAUGGGAGCAAGUACAGGAGUCUCACCCCGUCAUCAACUAUGAUCUCCUGGCAGCCAUUGCACAGCUAGCACCUGGUGAAGCCCAUGAACUCCACCCACCAUCAGAAUCUCAACCGGGCAUCGUUGUCCACAUCUGUGAAGACCCAGAGGGUUAUAAUGACCCCAACAGACCUCGAAUUGUACAGACCCGAAGACCAGAGCCAACUUGACCCGAGUGUAUGUGUCUUGUACAUCUAGUGUGUUCCUGACAUACGUGAGAGCUCUUCACUUGGAAGAUGCAGGAUAACCAUUAACAGUGUUCAAGGUGGUGUGUGUUUGCAGGCCUGAGCUUGGCUUUCUCUCAGUCUAGGGCAGAUCAACAGCGUCCCUUACUGUUUUAAAGUACAUCUGAAAUGUUUGGACAUAACACCUUUAUAUAUUGUGUACGAGCAUAAAUAACAGCUUGUUCCAAUGAUGAGCAUGUUGUCUAGAAAUUUGUAGCUGUUACCUUAAAGCAAGUGUUGAGUGUGUACUAUAUUGCCUGAGUGACUGGUAGCACUGUUUAUGCCAUUAUGAUGUACUUACUGAUGUGACAUACCUUAGUGAUGGCAGAGGGAAGGUAAAGCUUGAGAUUCACAAUAGUUUGCUAUUAACAGCACUGAAAUAAUUUGGCAUUACUAUUACAUUAUGAACCCAAACGUCUGCAUAAAAGAUCACACCAUUUGCUGAAUUAUCCAUUUCUUUAACUGAGAUGGAACAAUGUAUGUGAUAUAAGUGUUCUGUGACUAGCACUGCAGUAUCUGGCCUUGGUUAGCACUAUUUGUGUUGUGACAUAUGUCUACUUGGCAGCUUCCUACAGUAACCUGUAUAAGCUAGGACACCUGUGUGCAUUGUGUCCCCUGUGUCUAUGUUGUAGUCUACAGUGUAUAAGAGUCAACCAAAGAAAUGUCCAUUUCUGACUGUGUCACACUUUGGUCUCCAUUAUUCUAUGACCAGCUCAACUUUCUGAAUAGCAAAGUCAGGAAGAACCAGUUCAACUUAGUACAAGUGUUUAACCAUGUUAACUGACCAUAAACAUUUACCUGACAAAAGUUACAACAAACAUCGACCUCAAGGUCAGUUACAGGAUUGCUAAAUAAGGCAAUGUGUUAACACUACCAGUGAUUUAACAUGAAAUGGAACUUGACUAUGAUGGAUGGAGAUGGAGACUAAUUUGGAAACAGCACUGUUCCAUCCCUCCACCAGUUGUAUACCUCACGGACAUAUAAAUAUGUAGUUUUA